AUGUCGCAAGUUGUUUUAGUUUAUAUUAUAAGAAGAAUCAGAAAAAGACAUAAUAAAUACAGCAUUUGUUGUUUAAGAAUUAUAUUAGUGAUUUCCAAAAGGAAUCUUUUGAACGAAGCCUUAAUAAACGAUUCAAAUGAAUGACUUAUUAAUUCUAAGAUAGUUAAAAAUGUUGAAUUAGAAUAAAUGCCUGAUUGUAAAUCUAAAUCAAUAAUGAUAAUAUCCAAUUAAUUUUACAGGUCAUCUAACUUAGAAUGAAUUUUAAUAUAUUCCACAUUAUCAGAAUGCUCGAAUUAUUAGGGACAACGUAACAAUACCC